AUGGAGCUGCUCAAUAAGUUGGAUGUGGAAUGGACCGCUGAUACGGUCGAGUGUUCGCGGGUGAACGCCGAGCUGUUCGCUGUGGGUCUGUACCAGCUGCAAGACGACGAGUCCAACCCCGACCCGGAGGCACCCAAACUGCGUGCAGGCCGCAUCAUGCUCUUUAAUUACGAUAACGACGCUUGUGAUGUUCAUGAGCUGUCUCGAGUGAAUGAUCUGCCAGCCAUCACGGACAUGAAAUGGCGACAAGCCUUGAAUCAGUUGAUUGCGACUGAUGCGGCUGGCCACGUGCGCCUAUUUGCCCUUGAUGAUACAUUGCGCCAACUUGAAGCCCGGGAUGUUUUUGAAGUGGCCGAGCAGCAGCUGGCCCUGUCCUUGGAUCUGAAUGACCGCGUGAGCGUCGGGUCCGAUUUGCGGGUGGCCGUGAGUGACCAAUUAGGAUGUAUUAGCGAGCUGCAGUUCCGUCCUGAGGGGGUGGAGCGAGUGUACCAUCAACAAGCCCAUGACUUCCCUGCCUGGAUUGUUGCUUAUGAUUAUCAUCACACCGACGUGCUGAUCAGUGGCGGUGAUGAUUGUCGGAUGAAGAUUUGGGACACGCGUGCCGACACGGGCCGUCCCUCGAUUGUCAACAAGACGCACCAGAUGGGCGUUUGCAGCUUACACAGCAACAUGCAUCGAGAGCAUCAAUUGGUUAGCGGUAGCUACGACGAAUACGUCCGCCUGUGGGAUCUGCGGUCUCCGCGCGCGCCGCUCAGCGAGGUCCACGUGGAGGGGGGCAUCUGGCGACUCAAGUGGCACCCGCAUCAGGCCGACAAGCUGCUUUCUGCCAGCAUGCACAGCGGCUUUCAUGUGCUCGAGGCAACUGCAGAGGGGGGUUUAGAUAUUGUCGGAUACCUGCCCACAGAAGGCGAGCUGGCCUACGGCGCGGACUGGCAAUACUCGCCGGACAGCGGACUCGGGAUGUCGUGCACAUUCUACAAUCACGAGCUACAGUGGUGGCAGGCAACGGUGGCUUGA